AUGGCGCAGCCCAACUGCUCAACUGGCAGCUCUUUGGCGGACAUAGCGGUGGGCACCAUGCUGACAGUGGAAUGUGCUGUGAGCCUUACAGGCAAUGCUGUCGCUCUCUGGACCUUCUUUUACCGUCUCAGAGUGUGGAAGCCUUACGCGGUCUACCUGUUCAACCUGGUGGUGGCUGACCUGCUGUUGGUCGCCUGUCUGCCUCUCCUCGCUGUCUUCUAUCUGAAGGGCAAGACCUGGGAACUCGGCCACGCACCCUGCCGAGUCCUGCUUUUCCUGCUGUCCUUCAGCCGUGGUGUGGGGGUGGCCUUCCUGACCACAGUGGCUCUAGACCGGUACCUGCGUGUGGUCCACCCUCGGCUCAGAGUCAACUUGCUGUCUCCAAGGGCAGCCUGGGGCAUCUCUAGCCUAGUCUGGCUUCUCAUGAUUGCCCUUACUCCCCAAAGCCUGCUCACUCACAAGGUUCUCCAGAAUUCCACCGAGUGUCCCAGCUUCUACCCCAUCAGAGAGACGGAGGCCAGCGCCACCUGGCAGGAGAUACUUUUCUUCCUUCAGUUCCUGAUUCCCUUUGGCCUCAUCUUCUUCUGCAACACUAGGCUCAUCAGGACCCUCCAGGAGAGACUCCGGGAGUCUGACAAACAGCCCAGGCUCCAGAGGGCCAGGGCGCUGGUUGCCAUAGUGCUGGUGAUGUUUGCACUGUGCUUCCUGCCUAGCAUCCUGGCCAGAGUCCUGGUGAACGUCCUUCAGGGAUUUGAGAGCUGCAGUGUCCAGCAAGCCCUAGUGCAGGUCUCGGACGUCGCUGGCAGCCUCAGCUGCCUGCAUAGUGCUUUGAGCCUAGCCAUUUACUGCUUCUCCAACCAGGCCUUCACCCACUCAUACCGGAAGGUGCUCAGGAGCCUUCGGGGCUGGAGGAAAACAGCAGAGCCAGCUAGCUGCAACCACAGGGACUCCUAUUCCUGA